CCGCAGCAGUUCGAGUCUGGCAAGCGCGCGCACAGGACCCUCACGUCCGUCGACCCAUUUUCGCGAGUGUUGUGAUUGUGUUGUUUUGACCAUGGCGCGGUGGAGAGCCGCAGCCCUGGUGCUGGGGCUGCUGUGCGUGGCCGCGUUGACGGACGUCUUGGAGGCCAAGAGGAGCGGCGGCGGAUCCCGCAAGAGCGGUAGCAGCGGCAGCAGUGGCAGCAGCUGGAGCAGCAGCAGCCGCCGCAAGACGGGCAACAGCGGCACCAGCUACACGGCCGCGCCGUCCGCGCCCAAGCACGACAGCGGCUCCUUCAUCAAGCACGAGAGCAGCGCCCCGGUGCAGUCCUCCAACUACCCCAAGCAGCCCGCGUCCAACCCCAACUACCCCGGCGCCUCCAACCCGGGCUACCCGGGCGCUGCCACCGCGCACAACGUCGGCGGUGGCCAGAUGUCCAGCAGGCCGUCCAACGCGGGCUACCCUGGCGCGUCCAACCCCGCCUACCCCGGUGCCGCCUCGCACCCCAGCUACCCGGCCGGGGGCGCCGCGCAUCCGCCGCCCUACCAGCCCAACUACCCGCCGCCGCAGUACCACCCGCCCCCGCAGGGAGGCUACGCCGCGCCGCCCGCCUACCACCCGCCGCCAGCGUACCACCCGCCCGCCGGCGCGCCCGCCCAGCCCGCCGUGCUGCAGCCCAUCUACAUCCAGCAGAGCAGGCCCGCGUCGUCCGGCCUCGGCUCCGGCGCGUCUGCCGGCCUCGGCGCCCUGGGAGGCCUCGCCGCCGGCGCCGCCCUCGGCAGCGCCCUGUCCCGCCCCAGCUACGGCAGCCACCACGGCAGCUCGGGCACGCACAUCCACGAGACCGAGAUCCACCACCACUACCACAACGAGUCCAACCCGGCAGCCGCCGCCCCCGCAGCAGCCGCCCCUGCCCCCGCCAACGGCGCACCGCCCCCGUACGACCCCAACAACCCCUACAACUACCCUCCCGGCCAGUACCCUCCCGGCCAGUACCCUCCUCAGUAUCCUCCUGGCCAAUAUCCUCCUCCUGGUCAGUACCCACCUGGCCAGUACCCACCUGGUCAGUACCCUCCUGGUCAGUUCCCGCCCGGCCAGUACCCGUACCCCUACCCCUACCCGGUGGACGCUAACGGCACUGUGAUCAACGGCUCCGCCCCUGUGGACCCCGCCGCCUACCCUGGAGUCUACCCUGGCGCCUACCCCGGCGCUCCCGGCGCCCCUGGUGCUCCUGGUGCCCCCGGCGCUCCCGGCGCCCCGGCCCAGCCCGACGCAGCACUAGUCGCAAACUCCGACGCUGCCGCCUCUAACGCGACCCUGAACGGCACCACGGAGAUGCCCCCCGCGGCUAACACCACGGCUAACUCGACUGUCCCCUCUGAGACCCCCACGACCCCCGUGGCUCUCGGAGGCCCCACGGUCCCCACCGUGGUCCCCGGCGUGACCUUUAGUACCGCACCCCCGACGGCCGCCCCCGCCGUGACCCCGGCGUUGACUCCAGCAGGCUCCGCCGCCCAGCUGUCCUCUCGGAAUAACGCCCCGGUCGUCACCCAGUCGGGCAAGGCAUCCGCUGGCUUGGUGCUCCCCAGCUUGGUGAACCUGCUCCUGCCCCUGCUGGCCCUCGGCGUCUACAACGUCAUCUCGUGAUGAGAAAGUCAACCACCCGCCGUCGUCCUGUUGUUGCCAACUGAAUGUACAGCAUGAUGUAACCUGUCUGAAGGAAUGAAAUGGUGCUGAAUGUAAACUGUGGGAUGCGGGGAUUUUCUUUGGUUGAAACAAUGAACCUGUUGCGUAUUUUCUGUGUUUUUUUUUUUUCGGCUAGUCUAUCGCUGUUAAAUGUUUUUGGGGGCAUUUACUCAUCUGGUUUUCAGUGUGAAGGGAGCACGCAAUACGCCAUUGCGCUUGAGUUUGUUUUUUCUGGUUUGCUUCACUCUGAAAGUUUAAAAAGAUCCCACGUGAGAGGGACCCUUGCAAAUUAUGUCGAUCUGUCUAAAAAUAUAUAAAAAUUACAAAAAUAAAACCUACGAUCGGGAAGAAACUUGCCCCAUAGUUUUCGUGUUUUUCUUAUCUUUAGUGUUUGUUGAUUCCAAUUUAAGUUAUUACAAUGUUAUCUGUACGGGACGGAGCGAUGAUGCUGGUGGCCGGAGAGCCGCAGUGCUUCUUUUCCAAAGGCUGUGUGACUGUGAUGCCACAAGGCUGGCUUCCGGUUAGUUGGUGCUCUCGCCAGUGAAGCAUGCACUGCGCUGGGCUGCAUGAGCAUUGGGCUUUCUGACUUCAGAGCCCUGCGUUUCAGAAGAACAGCCAGAGUUUCAGCGCUGCGAGUUAAAUGAGGCCGUUCCAAACAAUGGAUUUGGAACGUGUUUCAUUUUAUUCGCGCUGGAAGCUCUGCCCGUUUUUAAGACGCAGGCGCCUCGAAUCAGGAAUUUCCUAACGAAAGUUCGCUGGUUGGUUUGAGCGAAAGCGUGCAUGCCAGCGUACGAUUGAGCAUCAUCAGUUGUGAUGCAAGAGGCGUUAACAAUGUUUCCAGUGUAGAGUUAAGAGCGUCUCAGGUAGUGGUUAUUUUUGUACAAAGUGUAUUUAUUUUCAUCCUCUUUCCUCCAUUGUGCUGUACAGUUUUGGAGGGAGGUGUUGUCUUCUGUUGAUAUUUGGUCCUGACUUCUGUCUUGGCUUUGGCAUCGAAGACGCCCAAUAAUGUGCAAUGGAUAUCCUUAAUUAAAUGGGCCAAUCGUCCACUCGGACGUUUGAUGGCCUGGUUGGGAACUAGUCGAUGCUCACUGGCACUUUGCAUUUUGUCAUGCGUGGGUUUGAUUAGUUGUAGUCCGGAUCUUCUAGGAGUACGUGUUUGUGAUAUGGAUAAUUCGCGAAUACCCAGUGACGUGUGGUUCAUAAUUGUCAUAUGUGCGAAAAUGUCUUCGUUUCGACGUAUGUUUCUUGAGUAUAUUUGUUGCACUCGAUUUUAAAGAAUAUUCCAGCUGCUUCUUCUUGUUUGAUCCUUUGCACAAAAUUUAAUCAUAACUCAAUUUUUAUGUAUUUUUUUUUUUUUGAAAAAAAAUUUGCUCUGAUUUACUAUUAUACUUAUACUUUGGUAUAAUGUAGUAUACUAGUUGUUUACUUUUAGUGCAACUAUUUUAUUCGUUAUUCUGUGAUUUUUAAGUACUUGUAAUUUUUUCUCGGUUCCACCUGAUGCAUUUUAUUGCAUCCUUUUUCUCAUACCAGGAUAGUUUGCCUGUCCUUUUGCCAUUUUAUUGGUUCUAGAAAUGAAGUAGAUACAGAAAAAGCGGUAGCCUUGCCUUAAACGAAGGGUAUUGUUGAUUUUGACUGAUUAUUAUACUCUCUUCUUAUAGACUCGUACUUUGUCAGUGUCUCUUUCUCCUCAAAGUGUGUUUUGUCUUUAUAUUUUACUACUUCGGACCAUGCUUGGACCUUCCUCUGUUUCUCAUACUUUACCUCUUAAUAAAAGAGACAAACGACAACA